AUGGCCACAGCAUCACCUGAACAUUUGUUGGGUGAUAUAACAAACACUGAACAAAAAAACCAAGAGGAGCAGCAGGAGUUCUUGAGAUUGCUGGAGACUGUUAUUCUCACCAUCCUCCUCUCCAUCAUCAUCCUCAUAACAGUGUUUGGCAACCUGUUGGUUAUGGUAGCACUGUGCAAGGACAGGCACCUGAGAAAGAAAAAAACCAACUACUUCAUUGUGUCGCUGGCAUUUGCUGACUUACUGGUUGCACUGGUUGUAAUGCCUUUCGCUGCCAUUGAGCUAACCACCGGCCAGUGGCUCUAUGGAGAAAUUUUCUGCCUGGUGAGAACCUCUCUGGAUGUUUUAUUGACCACAGCGUCCAUCCUGCACCUCUGCUGCAUUGCACUGGACAGAUAUUAUGCUAUCUGCUGCCAGCCGCUGGUCUACAGACACAAGAUGACCCCAGUGAGAGUGGCGGUCAUGCUCAGCGGGUGCUGGAUCAUCCCCACAUUCAUCUCCUUCCUACCCAUCAUGCAAAGCUGGAAUGCCAUUGGGAUCGAGGACAUUAUUGAAGAAAGGCGAACCCUGACUGGAGGCUCCAACGACACAAGCUGCGUGUUUCUGGUCAACCGGCCUUACGCCCUGAUCUGCUCCGCCGUGGCCUUCUACGUCCCAUUAGCGCUCAUGGUCCUGGCGUACCAGCGUAUUUACGUCACGGCCAUGACUCACGUAAGACAGAUUGAGACACUUCAACGGGCUGGCUCUGCUCCUGUCACUGGGACAGAUCCAGUUGUCUCUGUGAGAUUCUCCACAUCCUCAGACCCAUUGGAGCAUUACCGCCUCAGGACGACAGCGGGCUCCUCAUCAUCAGAACACCAUCCUGUAGCAAACAGUCGAAUGCGCAUGGAGACUAAGGCAGCAAAAACACUGGCUGUAAUUAUGGGCUGUUUCUGCCUUUGCUGGGCACCAUUUUUCAUCACAAAUGUAGUGGACCCCUUCAUUCACUACUCAGUACCGUGGCAGCUGUGGACAGCCUGGUUGUGGCUUGGGUAUAUUAACUCAGGAUUGAACCCCUUCCUGUAUGCCUUCCUGAACCGGGCAUUUCGAAGGGCCUUUCUGGUGAUUCUCUGCUGCGGAGAUGAAAGAUAUGCUCGGCACGGGAGCUAUUCACAUGGAUACACCCACAGAGUGUGCUCAGCUCCAUCUGUCAACGGGACCUCCAUGGCACUAAGGUAA